UUGGAUUCCUUACAGAUUGAUUGCCCUUUACCUUAUCCAAGAUUCCGUCCUGAAGUCCGCUUCAUUACUCCAAUCUUUCAUCCCAAUAUCUAUAUUGGUGACGGUGGCGUUUGCUUAAGCCUUCUCACUGAAUGGCAUAGUUGUUACAGCCUGUUGGAUGUGGUCAAGGCCCUCAUCUACUUAAUUGAGCAUCCAAAUUUCGAUUCUCCAAAUGACGAAUUUGCAACGAAUGAGGAACUUUACACGAAAAUGACAUUGCGGCUACUGGCUGGUCUGCGUGUAAAUGGGCGACGGUUUCCGCCUAACCAAGCCUGGUGUGAGUGGGCAGAGGCCAAUGGAUGCUUGCCUGUUGAUGACGAAGAGCUUGAAGACGAUUCAACCGACGCCGGAGGCGCAGUGCAUGUGGAGGCCCAACAGGAGCCGAACAACCGCAUUGAGUCUCUUCCUAGCGUUGCCACCUACGCACAUGAUGCAAAUGAGAAGACCCAUCGCCGUUUCUCCGAUGUUUCCUCUGACACUGUUCCUUCUUUUGCCAAAAUUCGAUUCUCUCUCGAUUCUUUGAGUUGCCAGUCAUCGUGGCCAUACUACGCGCAGGAUUACUAUUGCAUCUACUUUAACACGCAGCGCAUUCUAAUUGGCCACCCAAGUGUGAACGACGAACCUUCACCUCCUUCGGUAUUCUACUACAGCGAGCUCCUUGGUAGCCCUGACUAUCGAGGUGAACUCGGUGAUCUCUACAGCACGCUGUUCGCUGGUGACGUAUUGCCCACCAUGCAAGUCCACCGCGAAUCUAGACAAACCUCUUCUCUUUGUCCCUGGUACGACUAUUACCACAAUUCUUACCCCUCCUCCUGGUCCACGGAUUCCAACCACGGAGGCCUUCGUUGA